CAUGAUUAGUAAGUUUGCAGAUGGCACUAAAGAGGGUGGUUUCGCAGACAGCGAAGAGGGUUAUUAAAAAUUACAGCAUAUCAUGAUCUCUGUAACAGUUCUAGCGUUGAGGAAGGGGACAAGGUGGGAGGGUGGUGCAAGUAGAAGUUACUUAACAUUUGAGAAUCCAAUGUUCGUACCGCUGGGACGGGUUGUAGGCUACCCGCGCUGAAUAGGAGGUGCUGUUCAUCCAAUCUGCGUGUGGCUUCACUCUGGCAAUGGAGGAGGCCCAGGGGAGAAGUUCAGUGUGAGAAUGGGAAUGGGUUAAAAUGGAAAUGGAAUGAUAAUGCUGGAUUUAAUGAAAAUGUAACAACAGUUAAUUUGAAGAAAAUGACAAUGAUAAAAAAGUAUAAAAAGGAUUCCGAAGACUGUCUGACAAUUUGCUUGAAGUAUUUGCUGUUUAUUUUCAACAUCAUCUUCUGGCUGGCAGGGGCAGGGGUGCUUCUCAUUGGGAUUUGGACGCUGAACGAGAAGAGAGAGUACCUGAGCCUGCUGCCUUCCAGCACGUUUGCCGUCUCUGCGUGUAUCCUCGUCUUCGCUGGAUGCCUUGUCAUCGUCACCGGAUUCCUCGGCUGCUGUGCGGUCGUUCGGGAGCAGAAGUCUGCUCUCCUAGCAUACUUUUCUUUGCUCUUGCUAAUCUUCCUGAUUGAGUUGGUGGCGGGCGUGCUUGCUUGCAUUUAUUAUCGAAGGUUGAGCGGUGAGCUGACGCAGCACCUGAACAGGGCGAUGCUGGAGCGUUAUGGCGAGCCGGCCGAACACAGUGUCACCCGUUCCAUCGACCGGCUCCAGCAACACUUCAAGUGUUGUGGCAGCAACAACGCAACUGACUGGCAGGACAGUGCCUACAUCCGCUCACCGGCAUCCGAUAACAGGCUGGUGCCUGACAGCUGCUGCAAGACUGUGACGGAGGCCUGCGGGAGUAGAGACCACCCCUCCAACAUCUACAAGGUGGAGGGUGGAUGUCUCACAGUCCUGGAGCAAGUGCUGGUAGAUCACCUGCUGAUCAUGGGAGCGGUUGGCAUUGGCGUUGCCUGCUUACAGCUGAUCGGAGCCGUGACCACUGCGUGUUUCAUCUGUGUGCUCAUCAAAGAGGAGGAGGGAUGUUUCCAGAGCUGACGGCACGCGUGUCCGAGGCGUGAGCUGCCCAUGUGAGGCAGGAGGAGACCUGGUGUUUACCUGAGAACCAGUCAGUCCUCGCCGCCGGUCACCCGCGGGAGCUGCCUGCCGGCAUGAAGCACUUGACCAGCGGCAGCAGUGCGUGCAGGAUGCUGGCGGUAUCAUUUACCCAUCACCUGUAAUGUACUCCGUCACUGAGCUGUAAUUACCUAGAGCUGGAGUGUAGUCGCCACGAUGUGUAUCGCUGCUCACCCCCCUCUGCCCUCACACAGCUUGCUGCGCUUUACGUCGUGAGGGACCUACCGCGGGGCAACCUAAUGCAGGGGAGUCCGUAACGCGGAGGGGGGACCUACCGUGGGGGCGGGGGACAGUACCGUCCACACUCCCCCUCUUCCUUUGCUGUUCAACGACCCAUUCACCCCGGACAGUCCCUGGUUGUUGACGGACGAGGCUGAUGUGGGGCCUCAGACCUUCCACGGACAGGCAGGGCGGGCGGUGGCCACGUGUGUGUUGUGUGUGUGUGUGUGGUGCAGUGGAUGUGUCUGAGUCUGUGUGCGUGAGAGAGAGAGUGUGAGUAUGAGAAAUGUGAAAGAGGGAGACUAGCGAUAUGGAAGGGGUAACGUGGGAAACCGACAGAUCAAAGCAGAUGAUGCUUAAGGACAUCCAGUUCCCCUCUCCCCUGCCUCUUGGUUUGGAAGAAGGGUCUCGACCCGAAACAUCACCUUAUUCCUUCUCUCCAGAGAUGCUGCCUGUCCCACGGAGUUACUCCAGCAUUUUGUGUCUAUCCUCGGGGUAAACCAGCAUCUGCAGUUCCUUCACACACACCCCGCCAUCAGCCAGUGUGGAAGAGAGCACGUGUAGCGCGAAUCCCUGUGCACUGAUGGGUUGCUGGGAUGCCCAUGGGCGCUACAGCAAGGCAGUCCUUUCAUCGUGUUUUCUGGUCUUGCCUAUUAUUCAGAAUAUUCGUCAAACAUUAGAGAAAACAGAAAGAUAUUUCUAUGAGAAAUUAAAAAAAAAAAUGCAGUGAACUACUUUAUAAAUAACAGAACACUUGUUUAAAGUAUUUUAAUUUCAUACUUUAUUCUUCCUAAAUCAAAGUCCCUCAUAAUGUUUUCCAUUGGCCGAUGUUUGGCAAGA